GACUGGCUUACUAAUGGAAGAAGGAUGAGAAGCUCAUUCUCUGUGGAAUCCCAUAGUCCAACAUGUGGAGGUCUGCAAUUAGCCCUCCAGGUUGGGUCCCACUAAGAUCGCAAGCGUCCGGAGCCGGAUGCGGACGCCGGCGCGCGCCGACGUAUACCGGGACGGCAGGAGCGCGGGUGGCAGCGCGAAGGCGGCCGGCGCACACGCGCCCGCAGCGCCCCCGCCUCAGGCAGCGAGGCCAGCGACUCGGAGUGCGUGAGCAGCGGCAGCGGCGGCGGCGGCGGCGGCGUGGGCGGGGGCGGGGGCGGGAUGCGCUCCCCGGCCCCUCGGGCCCCGUGGAGGAACAACUCGAAGGUGGUGGGCCGCGGAGAGCGGAGCAGCGCGCGCCGGAACCGUGGCCCCACUUCCGGGAAGGAGGGCGGGACCUGCCGCUGGGCGCCCGGCGGAGAGCCGGUGCUGGGCGCGCCUCUGUGACGUCACCGGGGCCCCCUCGCGUCUCCCGCGCGAAUGGCCUUGCCCCGUGGAGGCCGUGACAUUUGACAAGUG